AUGUCCCUUUCAUCGCGACCGCCAUCACCCUCAGGGGCCCACUCAGUAGGAGUCAUCCCGAUCCGUUCGUUCUGUCGGGGCGUCUGCCCACCUUCCAUCGCGUCGAAACUUAAAUCGCGCCUCUUUGCGUCGACAUCCACCUGCUGGAAGAAAGGGAAGACUCAGAAGCGCCUCACACUCAACGUGCUGAAGGUCCUGAAGCCCACACACGCGGUCAACAGCGAGGUAGCACCGUCUUCUGCAUCGAUAUCAACGUCGACGGCCGCUUCAGACACCACGAUGGCACCUGGAUUCUCGAGUGAGGACUCGGACCUCAUUGCUUCCCUUCAUGCCCUUUCCGCGAAGUCUCCGAAGCUGGUGAAGUCGUCGGUGUACCCAGCACCUGCGGAUCCCAGCAUCGAGAUACGGAGCUGGAAGAUGAACGAGUUCAAGUACUACGACAUUCCAUCGCCCUUUCCCACUCUCGCAAGAGGGUUAUUCACGAGGGAGCUGAAGGAGGGGGUUCAGGAAGGUGCGGAGGAGGGAAAGAAGACAGUGAAGAAGUACCAAAUUGUGGUUAGGGGAUAUGACAAGUUCUUCAACAUCGGAGAAGUUCCUUGGACGACUUGGGCGUCGCUGGAGGCGCAUACAGCCCCUCCGUAUACCCUAUCGCUCAAGUCGAACGGAUGCAUCAUCUUCAUCGCUGCCCUGACUCCUACAAAGCUGGUUAUCACCUCGAAGCACUCUCUCGGACCCGUUGGAAACUCGCCACUCAGCCACGCACAAGCAGGCGAGGCGUGGCUGCGAAAGUACCUUGAGAAGUUGGGGAAGAAGGAAGAGGACCUCGCGGCGGUGUUAUGGGAGAAGAAUUGGACUGCAAUUGCUGAGCUCUGCGAUGACUCGUUCGAGGAACACGUCCUUGGCUAUACCCCUGAGAAGACCGGUCUGCACCUCCACGGGCUAAACCUUCGUUCAAAGGAAUUCACGACCAUGCCUCAUGAAAUCGUAGACGCGUUCGCGGAGGAAUGGGGUUUCAUCAAGACGGCGACGAAAACACUCAACUCGAUCAAAGAGGUCAAGGACUUCACUGACGAAUGCGCGAAGUCUGGCGAGUGGAACGGAGAGGCUGUCGAGGGAUUCGUUGUGCGGACUCAUGUCACUGAACCACCCACCUCAGGGCGAAAUUCCAACAAGGGCAAAGACAAGGAAGGCCCCACCCCCGCCCCCUCGCCAUACAAAGCAGGCUCCUCGUUCUUCUUCAAGGUCAAAUUCGACGAACCAUACAUGAUGUACCGCGACUGGAGAGAGGUCACCAAGACACUGCUCUCGUCCAAGAACGGCAUGAACCCUUCCAGCCUACCCAAGUCGAAAAUGAAGAGGGCUGAGACGAAGGUGUACGUCAAGUGGGUCAUCAACGAGAUCAAGAGCAACCCCGCGGCGUUCAAGGAGUACACGAAGGGCAAGGGCAUCAUCGCGACGAGGGAACGGUUCCUAAAGUGGCUUGCAUCGGAGAAGGGCGAAAAGGAUCUACAGGAGGUGCAGAAUGAGGUGCCCGUGUCGAAGGAUGGGUUUGGGAAGACGAUCAUUGUUCCCGUCGCCAUCCCUGGGUGUGGUAAAACGACCGUCGCAGUCGCUCUCGCCCAGAUCUUCGGCUUUGGACACACCCAGAGCGACGAUGUGCAUGUCAAAAAGGCUGCCCCAGUUUUCAUCAAAAAUGUUGUAAAUCUGCUCGCCAGCCACGAUGUAGUUAUUGCAGACAAAAACAACCACCUCAAGCAACAUCGCCAGGCCCUUCGCGAUGCGACCAAAAAUAUCAGCCCGCCUGUCCGGCUACUCGCACUCAAUUGGGCCCUCGACAAACCGCCUGCUAUGAUCCAUCGUAUCUGCGGAGAUCGCGUUCAAGACCGCGCCGACAACCACCAGACUCUCCGCGCCGACAACCACCAGACUCUCCGCGCCGACACUUCUUCAGCCCGGUCACACGAAGAGGUCAUCUGGAUGUUUAUCAACACUACCGAGGAGCUAACACCGAGCGAGGUCGACGAAGUCAUCGACAUGGAGAUAGAAGACACUGUCGAGCAGGCCGUGCGUCGCGCCGUCAAGGGGUGUGUGCAGGUUCUCGGGCUGGACGAGCCUAAAGAAGAGCACAUCGCCGAGGCCCUGGAGGCUGUCGACGCGUACGCACCUGCCACCAAGAAGCCAGACGAGAAGAAGAAAAAGGUCGAGGCGCCCCGCUACUUUGGCCUCCUCCCUGAGGUCGACCUCGUCUCACUGCUCGAUGACCGUCUCGCACAGGUCGACGUCGGUGAGGAUACCAAGGCCGUCUGGGAGAAGCUGAAGAAGGAGAAGCGCGUCGCCACCCGUCCCCACGUUACGAUUGUGCACAGGAACGCGAUGGCCAGUGAGCGCGAGCUGUGGGAUCGAUGUGCGGCGCUGCAUGCGAUGAGCGCGAUGCCUCCGACGUUCCAGGGCAGGCUUGGCCGUGUCAUCUGGAACGGAAGGGUGAUGGCGGUUACGGUCGAGGACCUCGCGCUUAACCAUAGCGGCGAAGGAGGAGGCCCGGAGGGGGAAGAGUUUGUGUCAAAACUUGCCCAUGAGGUUCGCCAGCGGCUGCACAUCACGGUUGGGACGAAGUCGGGGGAUAUCCCAGCUGUCGAGGCGAAGGCUAUGGUUGAAGCUUGGUCAAAAGGUGAAGGAGGGGAUUUCAAGGUGUUUGAGCUGAAGGAUGUAGUCGUGAAGGGGAGAAUUAAGGGAUUAAUGGGCUGA